AGCACAGUCUUUAUCUAGUAGCAGCCUAUAUAACACCUAUAUAUAUAUAUAUAUUCGCACAUAUAUACCCUCUUCUUCCCUGAAAUUAGGUAGCAAUUCCAGUUUAUCAAUGACUAGCUUUCUGGCUUUGAUCAUCUUGAGUGUUGCCAUGGCAUUGGCAACAAACGGCGCCGAGGCUGCGAGGGCUUUCUUUGUGUUUGGUGAUUCGCUGGUCGACAAUGGCAACAACAAUUACUUGGCAACCACAGCUCGUGCAGACACUCCUCCGUAUGGCAUUGAUUAUCCGACUCACAGGCCCACAGGCCGUUUUUCUAAUGGCUAUAACAUUCCUGACUUCAUCAGUCAAGAACUCGGGUCAGAAUCUACCCUCCCAUACUUAAGCCCAGAGCUCAACGGACGAAAAUUGCUUGUUGGUGCCAACUUUGCGUCUGCUGGCAUUGGAAUUCUCAACGACACUGGAAUCCAAUUUGUAAACAUCAUCAGAAUAUACAGACAACUAGAGUACUUUGAAGAAUACCAGCGAAGGGUAACUACUUUGAUUGGAGCUGCAAGGACAAAACGAUUAGUGAAUCGAGCUCUAGUGCUUAUCACUCUCGGAGGCAAUGACUUUGUGAAUAACUACUACUUGGUUCCUUUCUCAGCCAGAUCCCGCCAAUUCGCUUUGCCCGAUUACGUCAGAUAUUUGAUCUCCGAGUACAAGAAGAUUCUGCGGAGACUGUAUGAUAUUGGAGCUCGAAGAGUGCUGGUGACGGGAACUGGUCCACUGGGCUGUGUACCGGCAGAGUUGGCGCUGCGAAGCAGAAAUGGGAAAUGCUCGGCCGAGUUGCAGCGAGCCGCGUCCUUGUUCAACCCACAACUUGUCCAAAUGCUGGGCCAACUCAACAGCGAACUUGGCUCCCAAGUCUUCAUCGGAGUCAACACCCGACAGAUGAACCUUGAUUUCAUCUCUAAUCCUCAAGCAUUCGGAUUUGUGACAUCAAAGGUGGCAUGCUGUGGUCAAGGACCGUAUAACGGCAUAGGACUGUGCACGAUAGCAUCCAACUUGUGCCCAAACCGUGAUGUGUACGCAUUUUGGGACCCAUUCCAUCCUUCCGAAAGGGCCAAUAAGUUGAUUGUUCAACAGAUCAUGACAGGCACCACCAAAUAUAUGUAUCCCAUGAAUCUCAGCACCAUCAUGGCCCUCGAUUCCCGCAACUGAUUAAUCCUUCAUCUAUUUCGCUUUCCUUCAAUAAUUCUACUACUGCCUCGGCCUUGUUUUAUUUUUUCUUUCGUGUUCUUUUUUAUUUUGGCUUGCGGGUGAGGUCAUGAUCGCUACUUUCGUGUCCUCUUAUUCGUCAUCGUUUCUGUCAUCUCUCUCUUUUGGAUUGUGUCCAGAUCCUAUCCUCUCUAUACUAUUAAUA